CCAGACCCCAUAUCGCACGCUGCUCAGCAACCUCAUUGCUGACUUGCUUUUCAUCGGCCACCUCCACGUAUACCCAUACAUACCAGCGGUCAACCACACAUCAGCACAAUGGCCGAAUCCGCGUCCCCCAUUGGCAUUGCCAAUCUGCCCAACCAGAGGCACAAGAUUGUUGCAAAGCGCGGUGCUGCCUUCACCAUAAUGGUUGCUGGCGAGUCUGGUCUCGGAAAGACCACCUUCAUCAACACCCUCUUCUCCACCACCAUCAAGAACUACGCCGACCACAAGCGACGACACCACAAGCAGAUGGACAAGACUGUCGAGAUUGAGAUCACCAAGGCCGAGCUCGAGGAGAAGUUCUUCAAGGUCCGUCUUACCGUUAUCGACACCCCCGGUUUCGGUGACUACGUCAACAACCGCGACUCGUGGCAACCCAUCAUCGAGUUCCUCGACGACCAGCACGAGUCGUACAUGCUUCAGGAGCAACAACCGCGCCGCUCUGAUAAGAUUGAUCUCCGUGUUCACGCCUGCCUGUACUUCAUCCGCCCCACCGGCCACACCCUGAAGCCCCUGGACAUUGAGGUCAUGAAGAAGCUGUGCACACGCGUCAACCUGAUCCCCGUUGUGGCCAAGGCCGACACACUGAGCCCAACAGACCUGGCCAAGUUCAAGGCGAGGGUGCGCCAGGUGAUCGAUGCUCAGGGCAUCAAGAUCUACACUCCCCCUCUCGAGGAUGACGACGCCGCCGCCAUGCAACACGCACGCGGUCUCAUCGAUGCCAUGCCCUUCUCCGUCAUCGGUUCCGAGAAGGACGUCCAGACCAACGACGGCCGUACCGUCAAGGGUCGCCAAUACGCCUGGGGUGUUGCCGAAGUCGAGAACGAGGAGCACUGCGACUUCAAGAAGCUCCGCGCUAUCCUCAUUCGAACCCACAUGCUCGACCUCAUCCACACCACUGAGGAGAACCACUACGAGGCCUACCGCGCUGGCCAGAUGGAGACAAGGAAGUUCGGCGAGGCGCGCCCAAGGAAGCUGGACAACCCCAAGUUCAAGGAGGAGGAAGAGGCACUCCGCAAGCGUUUCACCGAGCAGGUCAAGGUUGAGGAGCAGCGCUUCAGGCAGUGGGAGCAGAAGCUCAUUGCCGAGCGUGACCGCCUCAACAAGGACCUUGAGGCCAGCCACGCGGAGAUCAAGCGUCUUGAGACGGAAGUGGACAGCCUCCAGGGCAGCAUCAACCGCUCUCACGGCCGUCGCUAGACGCACCCUUUGGCGUUGGUGGUGUUGCACGUACAGAGAUGGUGCAGCGAUUCAGCAUGGUCGCACUAAUUCUCCACAUUCUUCCUUCAAGAUUCCCCUUUCUGUUUCCGUAACUUCGGUUCUCAUAUGUCUGUAAUGUCGCGCCGCCG